AUGAACACGCCUUCGUCCGCGGUGGACCCCACGGAGGACCUGUACCAGCGGGUGGCGGGCCUGACCUGUGCGUCGCUAUAUUCCUGCUGCUCGUUGGUAGAGUCGGUGGUCGGCGACCUCGUUUCAAGGUUGACGACGUUUUUUGAGGAGGCUGAAGUGGAGUUCAAUGAGCGGAAGGCCUUGUUGUUGGAGGCGUACGAGUGCGGCGACACAGUGCGAAUGUUGGAGUUGAUCGAGACCAAGUCUACGGCGUACAAUGAGGCGGCGGAGCGCGUGAUCGAGGGCGGCCGUACAGCGGCAACACGCAGUCUAUUACGGGUACAGAACGUGAUGAGAUUAGAGACAAUGGCCGCGGAGCUGAAGGCCAUCGAUGAGGCUUUCUUGCCCCCGACUUCACGACAGAAACGCACCAGUAGUAUUGCCUUCAAUUCUACGACACCUUCCAACGAUUUCAAACACGACAAAAUUGAACUCCAGAUACGUCGACUCACUGAACUUAAGAUGACUCCUAAACUCGCCUCCGCCGCUGCCAGCAUAUUCCAAACUGAAACUCGCAGAACCACAGAACAAAGAACUGUCAAAGAACUCCCUCCCACCGAAGAGGAAGAAGAAGAAGACCCCACGGGCUGGUACCCUCCCCAAGACUCCUGCUGUAUGCCACACCAACCCCCCCCCCAUUGGGAUUCGAACCCACGACCUGCGGGUUCCAAGUUGGGCUUAAAGUUGAGCUACGUCACACCUUCGCCACUACUGUUUCUGCAGCGGCCAGUAGUGUGUCAUCCAGACCGCGGAUGUCCACGGCCGUAA